UGCCGCCGCCGUCCUGCGAACCCUCCUCUUGGGGCCCUCGUUCCGGUUCCUCCCGGGGGAAGAAGCCGCCGAGGCGAGAGACCGCGGAGGCGCCGGGGCCCUUCCUUUCGUUCCCCGCCGCGCUCGCGCCCACGCUCGCCCCGACCGAACAGCCGCCCCGAUGCAGGCCAUCAAGUGUGUGGUGGUGGGCGACGGUGCUGUAGGUAAAACAUGCCUACUCAUCAGCUACACAACCAAUGCAUUUCCUGGAGAAUAUAUACCAACUGUCUUUGACAAUUAUUCUGCCAAUGUAAUGGUUGAUGGGAAGCCAGUUAACCUGGGCUUGUGGGAUACUGCUGGACAAGAAGACUACGACAGGCUACGCCCGUUAUCUUACCCACAAACCGUUGAAGGAACGAAUGGUAAGGAUUUAACUCCCAGUGUGAAACGUCAGCCGCUCUGCGAUGUGUUCUUGAUUUGCUUUUCCCUUGUGAGUCCAGCAUCCUUUGAAAAUGUCCGUGCAAAGUGGUAUCCAGAGGUGCGACACCAUUGCCCCAAUACCCCCAUCAUCCUAGUGGGAACCAAACUGGAUCUCCGAGAUGACAAAGACACUAUUGAAAAACUCAAGGAGAAGAAACUGACCCCUAUCACUUACCCGCAAGGCCUUGCCAUGGCCAAGGAGAUCGGUGCUGUAAAAUACUUAGAAUGCUCAGCACUUACACAGCGGGGCCUCAAGACAGUCUUUGAUGAAGCCAUUCGAGCAGUCCUUUGCCCCCCCCCUGUAAAGAAGAGGAAGAGAAAAUGCCUGCUGCUGUAAUGCUGCUUCCCCCACCCCAAACCUUCUGUGCUUUGCUUGGAAUAAUGGAGCAUUUUCAUGUUUGUUUAAAAAAAAAUGGUUCUCUUCCAACAGAUUAUUUUGAACAGCAAUCUUACCUUUCCCUUUGUUUAAAAAGUUAGGUGGUUUCUUCUUCUCCUUCUAAAGAGAUCUUUUUUUAAAAAGACAAACCUAUAUAAAAGCCUUAUUUUUUCCCCCAACUUUUUCUUGCUCUGCUUAAUCAACUGUUGCCAAACUAUCUGCUCCUUACUCUAUUGGAUUGCUGUGCUUUUGUUAUGUGGAGCACCAAACCUGUUUUUUUUUUAAAGCCAGGCAGGUGUCUUUAAAAAUACUAAUGUUUAUUAGGAAUUGCAACACUUUAUAGGAUUUUCCCAGGAAGAAAAUACUGCUGUCUAAUGCACUCAUUCAUCUGACAGCUUUCACAGUCAUUUCCAUGCUUGAACAAAUGCAAUAAUUGACAACUCCAGAUUUACCCCUCCCUUUUUUUUUAAAAAAAGUCAAACCUACUAAGGUUCUGUGAUUAAAGCUAUUUUUUUCUUGAAA